CAGAUGGUCAGUCUCAUGAGCAAUGGUUCAGCUCCCUCCUCCUAAUAAGAAUCUGGAGCCUGGGAGAUUUCUCUUCCUCUCAUGCAAGGGAGGUCAGGCCUGGGGUGGCAAGAGAUGGAGGGGUCUGAAGAGAAGCUCCCAGCUCUUUGUUUGGAUUUCUUUCCCUUGCUUCCCUAGGUGGGGGGCUGAGGAGAAGCGCCCAGCUCUUUGCAUUUCUUGCCCUUGCUUCCCCGGUACCAAGAUCAGCCUAGGGUACAAGGCAGCCGUCCAGACAGAGAUCCUCUGGCCUCUGGAUAGAGACAGCGAAACUCGAUUUUACUAGUAAAUUCAUAGAGUGCUUCCCAGUCUCCCUCCUGGAAGUUGCCAUGAACAAACCACAUCUACCCCAAAGAGAGACCCCCUCCUACAGAGGGUCUUCCCUCAAUGUCCCUUGGGUGACCUUCUGCCACAGUAGAGAGCACAAUGUUAUUACUAUUACUAGGAAUAUUACUAUUUGUAGUAGUUACUACAAAACUGCUAUUUCCAGCCCUCAGCCCAGAAUUCUGCCUCUGUGACUCAGUCCUUUUGUGCCCUAGUGCCCAAGGCACCAGGAAGCCAAGGUUAGAGUACUCCACCCUGACAACUUAGGAAUAACUGACAGGCCCAGCAGCUAGAAGUAUAACUUGGGACAUUUCAUCUGCUUUCCCAACGUAGAAAGGGACGUCCCACAGCCUUGCCCCUCACCCGGGCCGCAAGCUGGUUGGUCAGGCGUUCAUUCAUUGAACACCCACUGUGUACCAGGUCUACUGUGGGGCCUGGAGGAUCAGGAGCUGACCUGCCUCGAGGUUCAACCCUCCCCCACUUCAUCCGACAGCUGAAUAAACUAAGGCUCAGGGAAGGCCCGGAUGAGGUGACACGUCAGGCACUGAAUCAUGGCUUGAAUGUCUAGAAAGCCUUAAGAGCCUCGAGCUUUUUCCCUUUGUUGUUUCAUCUGAUCCUCCUGGAUGCUAGCUACUCAUAUAAUCCCCAUUUUGUAGUUGAGAAACUGAGGCUGAUAAAGGUAAACUGACUUGGCCAGGGCCCCCCAUUUAUUGUGUCUGUUUAGUUCUCCUUACUGGACCGCCUGGCUGCCACUUAAGCUGGAAGGCAACAGCUUCCAAGGAAGGAAAGAAAGUGAUAUGGAGAGAGGAUAUGGGAGGAGGGUCCGGGCCUAGGCAAUUCCAGGAAACCACAAGCGGGCUGGUUUUCAGCCUCUCUGCCACUACUGCCUUGCAGGGUCCCAGGCUGGGGGCUCUGUGAGCUCCCCUCUCUGUGCCUCAGUUUUCUCCUCUGUAAGGUAGGGAGGUUGGACUAGAUAAUCUUUCAGGUCCCAUCUGAGUCAAAGAUCCGUAAUCUAUUCACUGAUGGCCUGAGAGCAGAGCUGGGGUGGCUCCGCUGGCGCCCCGUUGGUGUCUGCCCAUCAUCAAUCAUCCCCAGCCAAGUUCAUCUGGGAGGCUAGGGAAGGAGCAAGCCCCCGGGCCCGCACUGGGACUAAGCAAAAAAAAAAAAAAAAAAAAAAGCUUUUGACCACAUGGCCUUCCUUCUUCCAGCUUUCCACCACCCUCCUGCCGCCACACUCCCAUCAGUUCUAAAAGGUCCCGUUGGCCACGCCGCCAUUGGUGUGAGACAAAAAGGUUCAGAAGGGACCUGGGAGGGAAGCAAAGGUUCAGCGCCCGGCCCUGCCUGUACUCUGCUUCCCACUCUCCCUCCUAGAAGUCGCCAUGAACAAACCACAUCUGCCCCCAAAAGAGACCCUCUCCUACAGGGAGUCCUCCCUCAAUGUCUCUUGGGUGACCUUCUGCCAUAGUAGAGAGCACUGGCUUCAAAUUCCAUCUCUGACAAGCUGUAGCUCUGUGACCCUGGAAAAGUCAUUUGUCUCCUUGGAGCCUCAGUUCCCUCAUCUGUAGAGUGAACCAGACUCCCAAGACUGUCGUAUACCACUCUUGGGGACAGACUCAGUUUCCCUGGAGUGUCCACAGUGAGGUCAUUAAAGAAGGGGCCAAUGAGGGAAAAGGGAAAGCCACCUCCUGGCUUCUGACUCACCCAGGCUAGUCAUCUAGAACCCUUAGUCAAUUGUUCAGAGUUACAAUUUCCUCUGAAUUUGGCUGCAAUCCCAGCAAAGCCUGGAAAGAGAAGCCUGUCCUUAGGGCCUGCCCCUACCCCUUAGGCUUCUGGGAAACUGUGUCUUCUCAGUUUGCUCUCUGAACUACCCGGGGGGUCUCCCUGCCAAGAAGAAGUCAAAGGGCAAGAGGGCUGGGCUGGGGCCUAGGCCUGAGCCUCAGGCCAUGAAAGAAGGCCCCUCUCCUCCCUGGUUGUGGGUGGUAGGCGGGGAAGAGGGCACAAAAGCUAUUAGCCCAGGUGCCAGGUUUCCUGAGCUCUUGCCAGCCCACAGAGUCCCAAGGCAUCCCUGAGCGCCGUUCUUCGGGUCCUCCUGUUCCUUACCAAGCACCUCCCUCGGGCUCCUGGGUACCAUGCCCUCCCGCUGGCAAUGCGACGCCAGCUUCAUUGGCCGGAGCCUCGCGAUCUGUCAGUGGCACCUGACUUACUUGGCCAUAUUCUGGAUCUUGCUGCCUGCCUUUUUCUACCUGCUGUUCACUCCUUUCUGGCCUCUACCUGCACUCUAUGUGGCCUGGCUUGUCCUGGACUGGAAGACACCCGAGCAAGGUGGCAGGCGUUCAGCCUGGGUACAGAACUGGCAAGUCUGGACGAUGAUCCGAGACUACUUCCCCAUUGUGCUCCUGAAGACUAAGGACCUGAACCCAGAGCACAACUAUAUCAUGGGUGUUCAUCCCCAUGGCAUCCUGACCUUCGGGGCUUUCUGCAACUUCUGCACUGAGGCCACGAACUUCUCCACCACCUUCCCCGGCAUCAGACCCUACCUGGCCACGCUCUCCUGGUUCUUCAAGGUCCCCUUUAUCAGGGAAUACCUCAUGGCUAAAGGUGUGUGCCCGGUGAGUCAGCCCGCCAUUGACUACAUGCUGUCCAAGAAUGGCCCUGGGAAUCUGGUAGGCAUUGUCAUCGGGGGCGUUGGCGAGGCUCUGCAGAGCGUACCUAACAGCACCUCCCUGAUCAUCAAGAAACGCAAAGGGUUCGUGCGCACAGCCCUCCGGCACGGGGCUCACUUGGUCCCGACCUUCACCUUUGGGGAGACGGAAGUCUACCACCAAGUGCUGUUCCCUGAGGGCAGCCGUAUGCACCGAUUCCAGAACUGGUUUCAUAGUUUCUGGGGUUUUUACUGUUGUGUCUUCUAUGGACGUGGCUUCUUCCAGGACUUUUGGGGACUUCUGCCACUCCCCAAGCCCAUCAUCACCAUUGUCGGGGAGCCUAUAAUGGUCCCCAAGAUGGAGAAUCCGAGCCAAGAGACAGUGGAAAAGUAUCACACCAUAUACAUGGAAGCCCUGAAGAAGUUGUUCGAUGAUCACAAGACCCAGUAUGGGAACUCAAAGACCCAGGAGCUGUUGUUCCUUUGAGGGCUGAGACUGGAGGAUGCAAUCCCCCGAUCCUAUGUGCUAAGCCAAGAGUCAAAGGGGAUGAGGAGGCUGAGGAGUGUCCCUUCUGACCAAGGGAGACACAAGAACUGUAUCCUGUGAACAUCCUUCCCCAGGAAUGUGCUUAGCUCCACCUCUCAAAGAUGCUGUGGGCCUGACCCCUGACCCCACCCCUUUUCACCAAGAUUUCUGCUUACCUCUGGCAGCUCCUUAUACAGCUCUGUUCCCCAAAGCCAUGGCCACGUAUCCUGUGAGAUUCCACAUUUCCCACAGCCUCUCUUUCCCUCCCUUCCUCCCUCUCUCCCUCCAGGACGUUCAACUUUUCAACAAUAGUAUAGAGGUCUGACUUUCUACUGCCCAAGAAUACUGGCUCUGUAAUUGGAUCUGCUGUCUGGAGUCAGCCUCAGAGUUGAAAGAGAGUUGCCCCUCUUGGAGCUCUUGGCAGCAGUAGCUGCUGAUCCUCAAGCCCCAAAGCACAACUGAUCUCCUCCCAGGCACCUUUUUAUUUAUUACCCACCCACCCCAUGACUUUCUUGGGAGGAAUAAGUCUGUCUCUCCUAUAACCCUUUGCACCUAUCUAACCAAUAAAUCCUUCAGCAAUGUAAA